AUGGUCUUAUCCAGUAUCUUCUUCUUUGCCUCUGUGGACGCCCGUUAUGUAAUAAAUGGCAAUUGCCUCGUCAUUUUCUGCAAUAUUCUGAUCAAGUUCCCCCAAAUAUUGCAGCAGUUGAAGCCUCCGCACGACUGUCCUGCAUCGUGGAUAAGGAACGAAGAUAGUAGUUAUUGCUUUGUUAAAAAAGGACUUCAAUGGAGUUCUUCAAAGGAAAGCUGCAUUUCUAUGGGAGCACAUCUUCUGGCAAUAGAAACUGAACUUGAGAAAACAUGGAUUCAAGACAAAGCCUCUGGGGACUCUUGGUGGAUCGGGGGUACUGAUUUAAACUCGGAGGGCACGUUUUACUGGGAACACUCUUCUAAGAAUAUGACGUACACAAACUGGUAUUCUAAUCAACCAGACAAUGAUACAAUUGGAAUAAACGAAAAUUGUGUAUCAAUGGUUAGAAGUGGAUAUUGGCAUGACUACCCAUGCAAUCACACGUUUUACUAUAUUUGUGAAAAAUAGCUGAAAACGGUAUAACGUAAGCUAUACAAGAGAUUGAAUAAAAUCGUACUUUUAUAUAUACAUAACAUGCACUGUUACAACGCACAAUGCACAGUAUCAGUUUCAUUUCUCUGGAACAUUCUGGAUACAAUUUUUGUAACAAGUAAAUAUGUUACAUACUAGUAUGUUAUUCCAAUGUUU